AUGAACACAUUUUUAUCAACAACAACUCAAUCUAAUGUUGCUUUAAUCUAUAGUGGUAAUGGUGAAAGUAGACCAUUAUUUGAAUCAGUUUUAUUUGAAAUCGAAAUAGAACAAUCGUAUUCAACAGAACCAUUUACUGAUAUAUGUCCAGUAAGUUUUUUCAGAAAUGAACAUGAAGUUCUUUUUACAAUCGGAUGUAUUUUUCGAAUUAACUCAAUAUACGAUUUAACUCCAACUAUUUGGAUUAUUAAUUUAUCAUUAGUUACAUAUAAUGAUAAAGAUGUGGCAGAGAAGUGCUUUAUGGAUGUUCAACAAAUAGCAUUGGCAACGUCACCAUGCAAUCAUCGUAUUCUUGUACGUUUCUAUGAAAGUAUGGCAUUACUGCAGAUCGAAAAAAAUAAUUAUACUAUUGCAUUAGAAUUACUUUCUAAGGUUCUGCAAAUAGCAUUGGAUUAUUCAUUUGCAUCGAAUAUAAUUAUUCAUACAUAUUCUAAUUUAGGAUUGGUAUAUCGAAAAAUACUGAAUUUUGAUCGUGCAUGUGAAAACUAUGAACUAGCAUUAAAUAUUAUAACACAAUCAAAUGCACUGCCUAAACUUCAUCCACUUCAUUCUGUCAUACACAAUAAUCUCGCUUACACUAAACAGCUACAAAAUGACUAUGAUGAAGCCUUAUGA